AUGGCCAUGAGCCGCGGCGCUUUUCAGGCCUAUGCGCGCGUGGGUCAGCACGCUGGGCGCCCCUCGACAGUGAGGGUUGAGUGCACAUCCACGGAGUGCGGGGCCCUCCUGGAGUUCCAUGCUAUCGCCAUGUUGAGUUCCCAUCACACUGGUGAGUUCGUCGCCAGGAUAGCAGCCAAUGGAGAAACAACCUCUCAUGCAGCCGCCCUUGCACGAUCACGUACGAAGAUGAAUUUCAUGAAGUUGAGUAUGGCCAUAAGGACACAUGGCAAGGUGGCAUGUAUCCACGCAGCUUCAUAUCAGUCCUGCAAUAUCCUGCACGAUGAUACUGGCGCUAAUAUUAUUCUAUCGUAG